ACUGGAAUCCACAAGGGCCUUGAGAAAGGCUGUCAUUGGCCAGGCUCCCAGGUCACCCAAGCCGGGGGACAAGAGGGAGGUACAAACCCCGCCCAAGCCCCAGAGGGAUGGAGUUGGCGCUGAGGCCUUCUUGUCAGCACAGGACGGCUGGCCUCGCACUUCAAAGAGGGCAGGAGCACAGCGGCCCUCUCCAGCCGCGCGUUGCCCCUCCGCCGCCCGCGAGUUCAGUUGGAAUUGGGGUCCAGGUGGGAAGCAGACGUAGAACCGGGAAGAAGCACCGGCGGUGGAGGAAGAGGGCAGAGAGGUUAAACCCAGGAGAAGGGGAGCAGUGUCUUGGGCCCAGCGGAUUUCGCCCCCCGCGUCCAGCGCACAGUGCCCGGGCCGCCAAGGCCCGAGCGGGGCGUCCUCCCUGAGGGGGCGCAGUGGCCCCUGGUCUUCUGCCCCUCGCCCAGCGCCACCUGCCCCCGCGAGCAGCGCAAAAGGAAAGAUCUCCGGUCAAGGACAGAGAUCUGCGGCCAUGGCCGAGGCAGCAGAGCCGGAGGGGGGCGCCCCGGGUCCGCAGGGGCUGUCCGAGGGCCCGGCGCUUCUGGCCGAGAGACCCGGCGAGCUGGGGGACGUGGGCGGGCAGGCGAAAGGGGAGGAGGCGAGCGAGGGGGCCCCGGAAGCGCCGAGGGGUGAGGGGGCAGGCGUAGCCGCGACGGCCGCGGGGAAAGAGGGGGAAGGCGGCGGGCGGGACGGAGGGCGCACGGGCGAGCGGGCGCCAGGCGCCGGCGGCGAACCCGGGGCCGUGACGCCAGGCGCGAGCGGAGCGCAGGGUGAGCAGGAGGCCGAGCAGGGCGCCGAGCAGGGCGCCGAGGCCCCCCAGGGAGGGGCGGUGGCGAACAGCGCAGAGCAGGCGGAGGAGGCGCGCUCUGGGCGCCCCUCGCAGGGAGAGGCCCCGGGGGAGACUCAGGGGGAGGUAGGGGGCCCCGCGGACCGCCAGGCGGAGAAGGAGGCGGAGAGCGGGUGUGAGGAACCGGGAAGCAGCGCGCCCGGGGCGCCGGCGGCCAGCAUGGAGGAAGAGGUGUCGGCGGGAGGGGCGCCCAGGGCCGGAGGGGACCGCAGCCCCCUGCCCCAGGUGGAGGCGACCGAGGCCGCCGCGGAGGAAGGCGCAGGGUGCAGCCCCGGGGAGCUCUCGGGGGAGCCUCCGGGUGCAGGCUUGGGCGCCGCGGAGGCGGCGGGGAGCCUGGUGGGAGAAGGGUCAGAGGAAGCGGCCCCUGGGGACGCGACGGCAGAUGCAGGCGAGGACGGGGACCAGGGGGGACCCCAGGAACAGGUGGAGGAGGCAGAGGAGGAGAGGCGAGAGCGCGGCCGGGAGGGAGCGGGCGAGGAGGUCGCAGCCGAGGGCGAGGAGGAGCGCCCCGAGGGCAGCGCGGAUGCGGAGGCGAUCGCACAGACCGGGGCCGCGGAGCCGGAGGCCGAGCUCAGCAACCACCUGGCGGAGGAGGGCAGCGCCGAGGGCGCAGACGACGCGGCGCGCUUGAACGGCCGCGGGGAGGACGGCGAGGUGUCCGAGGAGGGGACUCCGGGGCCGGAGCACGACAUCACCCUCUUCGUGAAGGCUGGUUGUGAUGGGGAGAGCAUUGGAAAUUGCCCCUUUUCUCAGCGUCUGUUUAUGAUUCUUUGGCUAAAGGGUGUUAUAUUUAAUGUGACAACUGUGGACCUAAAAAGGAAACCCGCAGACCUGCAGAACCUGGCUCCUGGAACGAACCCUCCUUUUAUGACUUUUGAUGGUGAAGUCAAGACGGAUGUCAAUAAGAUCGAGGAGUUCUUAGAGGAGAAAUUAGCUCCCCCAAGGUAUCCUAAGCUGGGGACCCAACACCCUGACUCUAACUUCGCAGGAAAUGAUGUGUUUGCCAAAUUCUCAGCAUUUAUAAAAAACACCAAGAAGGAUGCAAACGAGAUUUAUGAAAAGAACCUGCUAAAGGCCCUGAAGAAGCUGGAUAAUUACUUAAAUAGCCCUCUGCCUGAUGAAAUUGAUGCCUACAGCGCAGAGGAAGUUGCUGUUUCUGGAAGGAAGUUCCUGGAUGGAGAUGAGCUCACCCUUGCAGACUGUAACCUCUUACCCAAGCUCCAUAUUAUUAAGAUUGUGGCCAAAAGAUACAGAGAUUUUGAAUUUCCUCCUGAAAUGACUGGCCUCUGGAGAUACUUGAACAACGCUUAUGCCAGGGACGAGUUCACCAAUACGUGUCCGGCUGACCAGGAGAUUGAACACGCCUAUUCAGACGUUGCAAAAAGAAUGAAGUGAAGCCGGGCGUUUCUGCCUCAUUUCUCAAUGUAUGAGUGAGGCUACGAGAAGAGUGUGUUCUUUAUAUUUCCCCACAGUAACCAUCCUCCGCAAAAUAAUGCCCACGUUCUAACAAUGCCUGAUCCACUCAACCGUAAAUGAUACGAGGCCUCGUAAAUUGUCCACUCACUUGAGCAUCUGAACAAUACCAGCAUCUGUUGGUAGGCAACCAGUUAUCCAGUUGAUGUUCAUUUAUGUCUUUGACAGUCACUGACAUGGUAACCCAUAUUUAGGGUAUGUGUUUUAGUUUAAGUUUCGGAGCAAAUUAGGUUUGGGUUCAAGUCCUCCUUCAACUUUUAACAAAUUUGUCUUGUCUCUGAUAGUUUUCAUAAUCGUGUUUAGCCUGUUUUCUCCUCUAAAAUAGCAUGUUAAUUUUUUUUCAGAAUGCAAAUAAUGUUUUUGUAAUUACAAAGUGAUACAUGCCUAUUUUAAUAUUUCAAAACAAUGUCAGAGAGUAUAAAGAUAGAAGAGAAAAAAAGUGACCUGAACUUUCACUAUACUUAGAUAACUACUGAUAAAUUAUUGGUGAACGUUUUCCGAAUCUUCAGUCUCUUCUUGUCUCUCACACACAUUUACACCACACACAAUUUCAUCCCUUUGUGGUAUUGCAUUACAUUAUUUUAAAGGACUGGUGGGGGGACCGCUUGGUAGUGCCUUGAUGAUCAUCCAUAGAGGACUCAGAACAAACAGAUUUGGUACUAGAGGCCUGCAGAGGUUGCUUGUGAUCAGGUUUCAUGAGGGUGGAGAAUUGUAGAGUCCGCAGAUGGGCCGAGACCAGCAGGGACCAGCAGGAAGCUGUGGGUGGUCCCCGUUCUGUGUUGUGACCACCUCGGUGAUGCCAUCGCCAUUGUUCCAGGGUUGGCAAUGGAGGAAAGUGCCCAUCUGUGUCUUUCAUUCCAGCCUCCUGUCUGGUGUCUUCUCUUGUUCCCUCCUCUUUUGUGGAGACCCUGCCCUCAGGAAGACUCUUAAUAUCAGCUGCAAGUGGGAGAAUCUCCCCGCCCUGUGCUGAAAGGUGAAUCAAGCACAUCUUGACUCCUUCUAAUGGCCACCCUCUCUGAGACCCGACACUGCAUGUCUUCAUCGAUGCGAUGACAUAGCGUGGGGCUAGUUUGGUUCUUGCUGCUUCUCUGACCUUUAUCAUGUUAUUUCAAGGUCAGUCAGGGAAAAUCCAGAGAGAUCAAAUUCAUGGUGACUAUCCUCGGGCAGUUCUGGUAAGCGGUCAAGUUGGGGAGGAAGUGGAAACUAUUGACUCAGAGGAGUUUUCUGGUAUAUCUGUGGCUUCCCCACCACCAUUCGUGUAACCAGCUUCUCGUCGACAGCUGUGUGUGUGGGCUGGGUUGCUGGGCUCCAAUUCAAGACAUGGAAGACACAAUAGGAGGCUGUUUAGAUACUCAUCAAGACCUCACAGGGUUUAAGCAUUACCUACCUGACUGUGUUCCUGUGACCUUUAGACACAUCUUCUAGACCCUCUUGUUGAGUUGGUUGCAGUGUGUGGUUGAUGCUAAAAUGUUCAUUAAAAACAAAGGAUACAUCUGCUCUAUGAGCGAUUUUUUUGGAAGAGAGUAAAAUGCAUUAAUGUAACUGUCCUGGGAUUUAGUGAAAAAUGUCUAGUAAGAGAAACAAAAAGUGCUAGUGUUUAGCAUGUGUCACCAUUAUACACGUUUCACAUCUGCUUAGGAGUCAGAUUUUUAAGACUAGUUUUAUAAUGUUACAUUUAAACUUGGUAAAUGCAUUGACUACCAUUUCUUACUAGAGCUAACUUUGUACUUUUAGAUGUUAAAGUGAUCGACACAAACUCUGUGUGCCUUAAAAAUUAAAUUAUAAAAAUGUUUA